UCAGCAGUUUCCCUCUCGCUCUCUCUCUCUCUUUUUUUUUUUCCCUUUCCUUGGAUUAGCUUCUGGCUUGUGAGAUUUCCCCCCGCUUUUUUCUUUUUUUAUAAAAAUAUUUUAUUUAUUUAUUUUCUGGAAUAGGCGGAGUCGAACUUCCAAUGGAUUCUAGUUUUGUUUUGUUGUCUAACUUUGUAUUCUUGCUUGAAUUGUUGUUUUCCACUUUGGUUUUCUUCUUUCUGUUUGCGCUUGAAGCCGACUCUAAAGAGUCAAAUUCACUACAAUCUCCCCCAACUUGGAUCUUGUCUUUUAUCUUCAUCCAUAUUCUGAACUGCCAAUUUUAUGAGAAAAACACUGGAUAUCACUGAAACUAACAGAGGGAUGUGAUGUGAUACUCUCCAUUAUUAUGAUUUCUUCUGCAGCAAUUUUGCUCCUACAUGCUUUCAUUUUCCUCUUCUUUAUUUGGAAUUGGGUCCUCAGUUUUCAAGAGGUGUCCCCGCGCACUUCAGGCCGUCUCUCACACAGCAGUGGCCCCCUCAACGGAACUCAGAGUUGUGGCUCCUUAACGGACAGCCCCCCAGUCUCUCCCUCUGAAAUCGACGAUCUCAAGUUUUGCCGCUCCAACAACCCUGUUAAUACCCAGUACAGACCAGCCACCGCAGCCACCACUGGCAAGACCGUCGGCAGAUGGCUCAAGGACCGCAAAGAGAAGAAGAAAGAGGAGACUAGAGCCCAGAAUGCCCAGCUCCACGCCACUGUUUCUGUCGCCGGAGUGGCGGCUGCCAUCGCCGCAAUAGCAGCCGCCACAGCUGCCUCCUCCGGAGCCGGAAAGGACGAGCAGAUGGCGAAGACCGACAUGGCGGUCGCCUCCGCCGCCACUCUCGUCGCUGCCCAGUGCGUGGAGGCGGCCGAGGCAAUGGGCGCCGAGCGCGAACACCUCGCUUCGGUUGUCGGAUCCGCCGUCAAUGUCCGAUCCGCCGGCGAUAUCAUGACCUUGACGGCCGCCGCAGCCACAGCUCUUCGGGGGGCAGCCACAUUGAAGGCAAGGGCGUUAAAGGAAGUUUGGAAUAUAGCAGCAGUAAUUCCGGUGGAUAAGGGGAUGGGAAUUGGUGGUGGCAACGGCAGCAAUGGUAAUUCUAACAGUAGUUACAGUGGUGAGCUCGUUGCUGAAGAAAACUUCCUAGGAAUCUGCAGCAGAGAAUUACUUGCUAGAGGCUGUGAACUUCUCAAACGCACCCGAAAAGGCGAUCUUCAUUGGAAAGUUGUCUCAGUUUACAUCAACAGAAUGGGUCAGGUGAUGCUUAAGAUGAAGAGCAGACAUGUCGCUGGGACCAUCACAAAAAAGAAAAAGAACGUGGUGUUGGAGGUCUGUAAAGAUAUGCCAGCUUGGCCUGGCCGCCACCUACUGGAGGGCGGGGAGCACCGGCGAUACUUCGGACUGAAGACGAUACAGCGGGGAGUUAUAGAGUUUGAGUGCAGGAACCAGAGGGAGUAUGAUAUAUGGACUCACGGUGUUUCCCGGCUCCUCACCGUUGCUGGAGAAAGAAACAACAGACAUAGAGUUUGAGAUUUCUCAAGCGAAGAAAUGAGUGGGGUACAAACUGGAUAAAAACAUUGGGGAAAGGUUUUCUGGCGCUUUGAACUUACCAGAUGUUGUAUAAUUUGGUGGGGCAGUGUUUUUUCUUUUGUUUUUUGGGUUUCUACUGUAUAAAGCAGAAAUUAAAGAUAAGUUAUCCAAAUGGGUUUCUUUAAUUUUGAUGAGAA